AUGAAAACAAAUAGAAAUCCUGAACAAUUGAAUAUAUUAAAUCAACUAUCAAAAUAUCUUGAUUUUGAAAUUCAUUAUUUUAAAAAGCUGCUGAUUAGCUCUCAAAAAGCAGAGAUGAAUAGAGAAAUAGCGAAAAUAGAGAAUUUCUUGGAAACAAUGAGUUCAGAGAUAAAAUGGAAUUAUCAAAAUGACAUGUUAAUCCAACAAAUUUUAAAGCAUUAUAAAACUAUUACUGGCCAAAUCAAAAUUUUAUCUGAUUUUGUAGGAGAAAAAGAAGAGAGACUUAGAGACAACUCACUAUUUGAAGAAAUUAGCAGUUCUUCAGAAAAAUGCAAAAGUAUAAUUAUUAGAGAAAUCAAAAAUAUGCUGCUUGCUGGAGAAGAUGAAAAUACUUUAAUAGAAAGAUUUGAUUAUCCUGAAGUCCAAAAAUCUUCAGGGUACUUAUACGAUGUCUAUUUAGAACUUGUAUUAAAAGCAACUUUUUCUAAUUAUAUUUUACAAAUAAAAGAUGAGCUCCAUUUUGAUAUUAAAAAUGCAUUUGAAAGUUUAUCAGAUGAAGAUGUGCAAUCAAUUUUUACUCACGAGAACAUAUUUGGAGAAGAUACAAGAUUAAAAUAUAACGAUACGGUAUUGAAAAGAUAUUCUAUAGAUAUAGGCAAAUGGGAUUUCUACCAGCUAGCAGCAGGCAAAAAGCGAGAAUCCAACUCUCUAAGCUAUAAUGAGUUAGAAAAUUUUUUAAAUUGGAUGGAUCUGAACCAAGAUAGCAUAUACAAUUGCUUAAAAUAUUAUAUUUUGAAUCUCUUGGUAGCAAGCUUAUUAGUUAAAGCUCCAACUCCAAAGAUUGAUGAGCUUGACUGAGAUCAAAUUAUGUUUUCAGAGUUACUUAAUACUUCAACAGUCAUCAGUGGGAGUUUAGCUGAUUAUUAA